AUGGCUUUAACUCGUGCUUCCGUUGCCGCUGGGCGUAUACAAGCCGCCUCUCGUUGUCCUUUUAUGCAUGCACUACCUACGGCUCGUGCUGCUUUGCUCCCCAAUAUCUCGCAGCUGGCGAAAUUGUGUCCGCACAUGUCGUCGAUCAUGGGCACUGCGUCUGUUGGCAGUAGCAACAAUUCCCAGGCUCACUCGACGUUUACCACGUCAGAUGCGACGCUCAAACGCAUUAAGGAGCUCAAGGAGAAGAUGCAGAAGCAAAAGACUGCACAGAGGGGCAGUUCCAAGCCGUACUCAUCGGCCGUAGCUCGCUUCCCGACGGCUCCGACGCGCCAGACGCGCGUUGGCGGCCUGUCAGCCUCGCAGUAUGAAAAGGGUUUUGUUCAGACCAUUGACACUAUCAAGAAGGAAGGUCGGUACCGCGUUUUUGCCGACUUGGAGCGCAAACGCGGCAAUUUUCCACGUGCGACACACCACGAAGUGUCGGGCAACACGAAGGAGGUUGUGGCUUGGUGUAGCAAUGACUACUUGAGUAUGGGACAACAUCCGAAGGUCAUUGCUUCAAUGCAGGAAUAUCUAAUGAAAUCUGGUGCUGGUUCGGGCGGAACUCGCAAUAUCUCGGGCACUAAUCACAACCAUGUGCUGCUAGAACGUGAUUUGGCUGACUUGCACCAACAAGAAGCAGCGUUACUCUUUACGUCUUGCUAUGUAGCCAAUGAUAGUGUGAUCAGCACGCUUACCAAGAUUUACCCGGAUCUCAUCAUGUUCUCGGACAGUUUGAACCAUGCGUCCAUGAUUCAAGGCAUUCAACAUAGUGGAGCUAAGAAGUAUAUCUACAAGCACAAUGACACCAAGGACUUGGAAGAAAAGCUCAAGAUGGCCGACCCACAUGCUCCUAAACUGAUUCUGUUUGAAAGUGUCAACUCGAUGGAAGGCACAGUCGCUCCUUUGCAUGAGAUUUGCGACCUUGCAGACAAAUAUGGAGCUAUGACGUUCAAUGAUGAAGUGCACGCCGUGGGGCUAUACGGCAAUCGUGGUGCUGGUAUUGCUGAACGUGAUCACUGCUUGGACCGUAUCACGAUGGUGACGGGCACUUUGGCCAAGGGCUACGGUAUCAUGGGUGGAUACGUGGCUGGCAACGCCGCGCUUGUGGACGCCAUGCGCUCGUGCGCUUCGGGCUUCAUCUUUAGCUCGUCGAUGCCGCCCAUGCUUGCAGCUGGUGCUCGUACAUCAGUGAACUACCUGAAGGAGAGCCAGGUGGAGCGUGCUACCAUGCACGCGCGCUCGCAGGAGCUCAAGAACAUGCUGGUGGACGCCGGUUUUCCUCUACUUCCGAGUGUGAGUCACAUUAUCCCGCUUAUGGUUGGCGAUGCCGAAAAGGUGAAGGAGGCUUCGCGCAUUCUUAUGGAGAAGCACCGCAUCUACGUGCAGCCCAUUAAUUUCCCUACUGUGCCCCGUGGUGAGGAGCGUCUGCGUCUUACGCCGCUGCCGACCCACACGGACGCCAUGGUGGAGGAUUUGAUGAUGGCUCUGGAGGACGUCUGGACCACGCUCGACCUACCGCGCCACUUUGUGUCCAAAGGCGAGUACCUGCCUAAAGUGGAGUGGGCCAACUCACCGCUGGAGAUCGUUGGCGAGUUCAUGGUGGAGUUGGAGGCUGCCUGCGCUGCUUAA